GACCCGGGUUCGAUUCCCGGCAGGGUUUGCUCAGAGCCUGACGAUGGCCGAGAUGGGGAGCUUGCAGACGGGACGCCAAGAGAGCUAUGAGGAGCAACGGAUGGAGGAGGGGUAUAGGAACCCGACCCAGGUGCAGAUGAGCCAGCUGAUCCUCCCGUGUCACACUCAACAUGGUGAGGAGCUGAGUGUGGGGCAGCUCCUCAAGUGGAUGGACAUCACGGCCUGUCUGUCCGCGGAGAGACACGCUCUCUGCCCGUGUGUCACCGUCUCUGUGGACGACAUUGACUUUGAACAUUCGCUCAGCGUUGGACAGAUUGUUAACAUCCGAGCGAAAGUGAACCGAGCUUUCAACACCAGCAUGGAGGUGGGGAUUGUGACUAGCUGUGAAGAUGUGGCCAGUGGAAGGCAGUGGCGAGUGUGCAAAGCUUUUGCUACGUUCGUGGCAAAGAAAACGGGUUGUGAGAAGGUGCAGCUGAAGCCAGUGGUGCCGAGAACGUCGGAGGAGCAGGUGGAGUACAGCGUGGCCGCUGAGCGCCGCAGGAUGAGGCUCGGACAUAUCGAGGCCAUGAAAGACCUGUUGUCCACCAUCUCCGAGCAGGACGUGGCGCUGGACACCGAUGAGUGUCAGGGGGCAGUGCCGGGCAGCAGCACACGGGCAGAGAGCACGGAGCUGGUUUUACCGCCUCACGCCAAUCACCAAGGCUACACCUUCGGUGGCCAGAUCAUGGCGUGGAUGGAGGGUGUAGCCGCCAUCGCAGCCAGGCGUUUCUGUAAGGCUCCAGCCACGCUCCGCACCAUCGAGAUGUUCUAUUUCCGCGGCCCCUCCCAGGUGGGCGAUCGGAUCAGCCUGAAGGCCAUCGUCAACAACGCCUUCAAGAACAGUUUCGAGGUGGGGGUGUGUGCAGAGGCGGAGACGUACGUGGAGGGUUGGGAGGGGAAGCGACACAUUAACAGCGCCUUCAUGACCUUCAUGGUGAUGGAGCCGGACGGACAGCUCCGCAGCUUCCCACGGGUCCAGCCUGAUCCCGGGGAUGGAGAAAGAAGGUUCCGGGAGGCCAGUGCCAGGAAGAAAAUCCGACUGGACAGGAAAUACAUCAUCUCCUGUAAACAGACAGAGAGGCCUCUGUCCGUGCCCUUCCUCCCCAGCAACCAGGUGUAUCUCAGCUACAAUAACGUUUAUGCUCUGAAGAUGUUGGCGGCAAAACGACGCUGGGUGCUGAGCUCCACCCGCAACAAGGUGCGGCUCUUCACGCUGGAGGACCACGAGUUUCUCUCCUUUAAGAUCGAGAUGAGCGUCUCCGUCAGGGCCCGGCUCGCCUUCCGGCUGCUCACAGACCUGCGGCGGCGGCACGAGUGGGACAGUCACUACCGGCAUUGUGAGCUGAUACAGAAGGUGGAUGAGGAAGACUUCAUUUACCACGUGAUUUCCCCGUCCAUCAGCAAAGGGAGCCGGAUGCAGGACUUUGUGUUGUUGGCCUCCCAGCGGGAGCCCUGUGAUACCGGAGACCCCUAUGUGGUGGCGUUUCGCUCGGUCUCGCUGGCUGCGGUGCCCCCGAGUGAGGAGUAUGUGCGGGGGGAGGUGCUGUGUGCCGGCUUCGCUCUGUGGCCAGAAAGCGGGGACCGGACCCGGAUCACCUACUAUAACCAGGCCACGCCUGGCGUGCUGCCCUACAUCACCACUGACAUCGCCGGCCUCUCCGCUCACUUCUGCUGCACCUUCGAGGCUUGCAAUGCCUUCCUGGAGCAGAACAAAGAGAGCGUCAGCCCAACUCGAGAGCAGUGAGAAGACAACCCCCACACCCAGAUACUGGUGUGUCAGGCUGUGUGUCUGUGGGUAACAC